AUGUUUACAGAUUUUUAUUGCAAGCGGCUUCUAUAUGUGUUAGCACGCAUAAUUAACAAGAAUGUACGGAAAAUUACAAUGGCACGACUGUGGUUAAAGUGUUUAUUAAUUAUAUUUGUUAUUUCAAUAACAAUAUUUGUAUAUUCAUUAUUAAAUGUUCGAUCAGAAAUAAAAAUUUAUAAAAAAGUUUUACCACAGCCAACCAAAAUAAUGAGUGACGUAUAUUCAGAACAGUUAAUAAAUAAUAAACCUGAUUGUAACAAUAUUGAAAUUGCUAUGGUUUGCGCCGAUUAUAAUUCAACGCAAUCAUUAAUUACUGUUAUAAAAUCAUUAUUAUUUUAUCGGACUAAACCUUUACGGUUUCAUUUUAUCGUCGAUGAGAUAUGCAAUAAAACAUUAAAUGUUUUAUUGAAAACUUGGAAUUUACCUCAUGGGGUUUAUGGUCUUUUGAAAGUGAUAUUACCAGAAAUUUUAGCCAUUGAAAAAGUUAUUGUACUGGAUACUGAUAUUACUGUACUGAGCGACAUUUACGACCUGUGGAAAAUAUUUAAUGAAAUGGAAAAUGAUGGAGAUAAAAGUAAAAAUGUUUUUGCGUUGGCCGAAAAUCAGAGUGAUUGGUAUAAAAAAAAAUCGGAUAGUGGACAACGCCCAUGGCCGGCAAUAGGACGUGGUUUUAACACUGGUGUUAUGCUAAUGAAUUUAAAAGCACUGCGUGAAACUAAAUUUAGUGACUUGUGGAUAAAUACGACACAAUAUGUUAUCAAAGAGCUUUAUGAAACAAGUUUAGCUGACCAAGAUAUUAUUAAUGCUGUUAUCAAAAACAAUCCGUCGAUGGUUUAUGUAUUAGACUGUACAUGGAAUGUUCAACUGAGUGAUCACACGAUUAGCGACCAGUGUUAUAGCACUGCCAAACGAAUUCAAAUAUUACACUGGAAUUCACCACGCAAACAAAGUGUAAAAAACAAAAAUUCAAAUGAUUUUAAUAACAUGCACAAAGUGUUUCUUGAUAUGAAUGGCAACUUGUUGAGGCGUAAAUUAUUCGGAUGCGAUCCAAUUAAAAAUUUAACAUACAUUGAGAGUAAAGAUAAUUGUAGGAAAUUUUCAAAAAAUUCAGCCAUUACGUAUCGGACCCAUUUAUUUAUCCGCGAAUAUCAGUAUGAUAAUUACAUAGACGCAGAUGUUGGUCUAGUGACUCAAUGUAGUUUUGAUCGAAUAACUUUGCUAGAUGAAUUAUGCAAACGUUGGCCUGGAACAAUCAGCGUCGCUGUCUAUUUAACAGACGCAGAAGUACAGUUGUUUCUUGAUUUUGUACGCAAUUCUGAUGUUUUGAAAUUCAGAAAAAAUAUCGCUUAUCAUGUUGUGUAUAAAGAUGGGGAAUUUUAUCCAAUUAAUUACUUACGUAACGUUGCAAUUUCCCAAAUUCAAACUCCGUAUAUAUUUCAAUUAGACAUUGAUUUUUUGCCGCCAGUAGAUUUAUACGAAAAAUUGAUAGCGUAUAUCUAUAAAUUGAAUAGAAAUGUAACUGAUGCCUCUAAUAGAAACGCAUUGAUUGUACCAGCAUUUGAAACACAACGAUACAGGUUCACGUUUCCUGUUAAUAAAGAAGAAUUACUAAAGUACCUAAAUUACGGUGUUUUGUAUACAUUUCGUUACCACGUAUGGACAAAAGGUCAUGCUGCAACUAAUUACAGUAAUUGGAAAACUGCAACUAAACCUUAUCAAGUUACAUGGGAACCGGAUUUCGAACCUUAUAUUGUAGUGCAUAAAUCAGCCCCACUUUAUGAUGAACGAUUCAUUGGUUUUGGCUGGAAUAAAGUUUCAUAUAUUACCCAUUUAACUGCCUUAGGAUAUAGUUACAUUGUUUUACCCGACGUAUUUAUAAUUCACCGUCCACAUGCUCCCAGUUUGGAUAUUGGUAAAUUUCGAACUGAUGCUCUCUACCGCAGGUGCCUGAAAAAAUUGAAAGAUCAAUUUGUUGAUGAACUGAUAGUUAAAUAUGGAAAUAAUUCAUUAAUUAAAUUAAAAAAAACCAAAGAAUAA